CAGUUGACGGUGUGUCAAUGCUACGCAUAACUUCACUCCACAGUCACAGCAAACGACGGGGACAGAAUGUAGCAGUGACGAUGGCUGGCACGGACACACCCGCAGCUCCUAACCCCCUGUGGGAGUCGGAUUCGGUGACUCUUAAGAACUUCUCCUCCAAGGGGACGGUGCCGACGUUCGCCAAAGUGACAAAGGGCUCCUACAUGAACAUAGGCCACUCGAAGUUUUCCAUACAGAGACAACACACGGAGAUCUACGUUCAUUCCAUUAAAAUGGGUGUGAAGGUGCUCGCCCACAGUGUUCGCAGGAUAGAAGGAACCACCAGAAGAGGGUAUCCCUGCUGUAGACUUGUGGCCAUGGAUCAAAGAUUAGCCAUUCCAAUUUCUUACCAGGGAUGGUUCGAGCUGUUAUCGGAAGACGGUAAGUCGGCAAGACCAAUAACGAGCGUACACGAACUGGCAAAAGCGUUUCCCAACAAAUGUUUGGUGAGGGAAAACGUCAAGGGAUAUCUCUCAACAAGCGACGGUAAACUGACGUUUGAUAAAACUCGUGUCGUGACGGCAGGGGAACGUUUGAUUCUCUGCGGAGAUAUCACCCUGCCUUCACCACAGCACAACAAGAAGGUGAAGAUGUUAAAGUGUUACGAUUCCAAAGAUGAGAAUAUUUAUUUGAGUUUUGACCAGAAAGGUAUAUUCACGCCCGUCGCGGGGCCAGACGAUUUGUUAGGCGUGCUGAGUAUUCGUGAUAUUGUGAGAAAAUUUCGUCUGCCAUUGACCGUGAAACUUGUACAAGGAGUAAAACCUAAGGUGGAUCCGUCCAAAUUCACGGGAUUAAUUCGCAUGGAUUGGGUGUAUACGGACGAAACGGCAUUUGUUUGUCCUCUGGAAAAGAACCACAUACGGAUAUUACCUGUGCCCACUGAUACGAAUCUUCAACUGGCCAUGGCCAGCAAUCACUUGGAUCUUAAAAAAAGUGAGAUGUUCAGAAACCUGUCUAUCAAAUGUAACAGGAUGAUAUCAAACUACAACAACACGAUCCAUCUAAUCGUUACCCUGCCAGAGUCUCUCAUCAAAAACAAAGGCAAGAACCGUACGAGUUCAAAUAUAUUUUCAAAACCCUUACAGAUGGAAGAAUCACGACCCAUGCGCCGAUCGAAGAGCAGGGAAGACCUGCUCAUGGACGAGAUAGAUGACCUGUAUCAGUUUGUCAGAGACGGGGGAGUCCCUCCCCAGAAAAGCAAGUUUACGUAUGACUCUGACGAAGAGAGUUACUGGGAGGAGCCGGCCUACGAACCACUGAACGACUUCAGGGCCAGACUCGUGGCCCUUGAGGCUGGCAAACAGGUUAUCCACCACGUGAAAUACAAGCCUGCAGAUCCGAGGAAACUCGGACUGGACAUUGAGCAGGAGGUGGGACCUAGUCAGGACAAUGUUUAUGGUGUACUGACAAACGGCGGGGCAGCUGUUGCUGCAUCACCAAGAGUGAACCCUCCAGCAGCAUUACCAGAACCGCCCAUUCAGAUUCCAGUGGAGCCGGAGAAGGCGCCGCCGCCAUCUGAAAGCACCCCUCCCCCUCUUCCUCCUAGACAGUACGUCCGAACUGACCCCAACCCGGCUAUCUUAGCCUCUAGUCCUGGUGAUGGCAACUCUCAACACAGUUCGGGGUCUGGCGACAAGAAGAAGAAGACGAAAGAAAAGCGACGAAGUCUGAGGAAUCUUCAGCGAAGUCCGGACACGAGUAGUGGUAGCAGCGGGAGUAGGGGGAUGUACAAACUGGGUAAGGACUUCAAGGACUCGGAUAUCAGCUCCAGAACCAGAGACUCGUCAGAGUCUGGGUCGGGCUCUAAGAACGUGAGGAGACGAAUGAAGACUUUGUAUUUGUAAGUUCCUGGGUGUUAUUUCUACGUGGUUCAAGUGUAUGAUGUGGAUUUGUGUGUACAAGAAAACAAAAGAUGGAGAAAUAUUAUCUUACACCUUUUUAGCCUGGGAUCAUCAAACAAUAACAGAAUCACAUUCAGGAGGUUUUAUCAGUUAUUUAUUGCUAUAUGAAUUAUAUCUGUAAACAUGUCUAAUAAUUUCAAAUUAAUUAUAGUCUGAUUUUCAUAUUAGUGAUAAGUUAAUUGACUCUUUUGUUAAUGUAAGCCAAAACAUAAAAGUUUGUUGUGGUAUUAUUACUACACGAUUAUAACCUUUUACUAAAUUAAAUAUAUACCUGUUUUCAUAUUUUCGACACAGUUGAAAUUACGGUUAAUAUAAAACUACCCACGGAUAAAGCAAAGCCGAAAGACGAUCCACCUAUAUUCAUACAUACACGUGAUACAUAUGCAUAAAUUUAGUGUACACUCUUUAAAUACCCAAUGUACUUUUGUAUGACUUAAUCAUGCGGCAUUACAAGUCGAAAUUUAGCCUCUCGAUUUCUUUCUCCUGUUCUGCUAUACUGAUGUAACUGUUUCGAAUAUGUAUUUAUAUUUUUAUUAAUUUAUAAAGUAUUUUAACAUGAA